UCCUCACUGCUGGUUCUUCUCUUCUCCAGGAUACUCUUAAUCUGUAUCUACUACAGUCCUUACCAACUAGCCUUUCCAUCUUCUAUUCAUUCACCUCACUCAUCAACCCUCAAACACCAUAGACAACAUGAAUAUGACCACAGAAACCACCACAUCAGCCAUCAUGAGCACCAGCACCACUACCACCAUGGCCAUGGCCAUGGCCUCUACCAACUGCAAGAUCUCAGAUGCUCUGGAACUGGAACACCAUGGACGCUUGCUUCAUCUCCUCAUCCUGGCACAUUACCUCCCCAAGCAUGUUCGCCGGCUCCUGCAUCGGAGUCGUCUUCCUCGUCAUAUGUCUAGAAUUCCUCCGUCGAGUUGCCAGCGAAUACGACGCGUUUAUCAUCAACCGCGCCAGACUCAAGGCCCAAUCUCUAGAUACUGAUCAACCCAGCAUUCCAGUCCUUAAUGACCGCUCCACAGACAAACCCGUCAAAAGACCCAUCCCAUGGAUACCUUCAGGCUCACUUUCAGCCCUACCUCCUGUUCCGGAAUCAGUAGAAGAGGAGGAAGAAGAUAAUGAACCAAUGCCUAAUGCGCCAGUAACUACACCACACCUUAGUAUACACCCCGAGAACCAAUCAAAAUUCAUCUUCAGACCCAGCCACACCGAGCAACUCAUUCGAGCCACAUUGCAUGUGCUGCAGUUUGCAGUGGCGUACUUUGUGAUGCUGCUGGGGAUGUACUACAAUGGGUAUAUUAUUCUUUGUAUCUUUGUUGGGGCGUUUGUGGGGUUUUUGCUCUUUUCGUGGGGUAGGGAUCUUGGUACUAGGGAGUGAGUUUCUUUUUUCUUUCUGAUUACUAGGUUAUAUUGCUGUUAUGGUUUGUUGGUGAGUGAGUGACUGACUG